AUGGCUUGGGAUUCUUCAUUGUCGAACUCCGCAACUUUUGCAGAAGUAGUCGCGGGAAAGAAGACAUCUGCGGCGAACAGGAAGGCAGUCAAGGACCGCGAAGAAGCAGCUGCGAAACAGGCGGCGAAGGAAGCAAAGGAAGCCUUCGAGACACUUGGUAACAUGUUCUUGACCAAGCUCCCAAGAGUGAUCAAAGACAUGAUCUACAAGGAGCUUCUCCUUUUCCCGCUGUGA